AUGGGUCUCACAAUGCCAGAGCUCAGUGUGGAAGCUGCUUUUGCACUUGGAGCUCCAACACACGAUCCUCAAGUCAAAGGACCUCUAUCAACUGACAGGGCAGCUGCAGCACUACUGAGUGGCCUCUUUUCGCCUGUCGCACUGCAGUGGACGGUUGAAAUCGACAAUGGCCUCACCGCUGUAGUUAGAGCAGAGGUGUCAAAGGAUCUUACUAUGUGGCCUCCGGAAUGGGUUCAUCUCACUACUACGCGCUUGGAGGAUGUCGAUGGGGAUCUGCGAGAACGUUGCUUGGAGAUCAAGGCAGUGGAUGGGUCUUUGCUGGAUUCCGAGACAGAGACCUCCAUCUCAAGCUUGUCGGAUGAGACGCUUUGCACGGUUGUUGCAUGGCAGGCACGCGGCAUUUCGCAGCCCAUGUGUUUGGCCCAGUGGCAUGAUGCAGUCUGCGGGCACCACGCCCUGUUCAAUCUGCGCUGCCUCCUCUGCGGCGACUUUUCAGUCUUGCACAACGAGCAGCGUUUCUGGCGUCAAGCGCUUUCUGACAUUGAGCGACUGGCUCAGCAUGGUGAGACCAGCGGCAGCUGGCCGAGGUUGGUACAUCUUUCGAUAAGUGCACAGUACCUACGUAUUCUGGAGUCCGAGCAGGCUGUCCUGCAGAAUCCGGAUUCUUUUUCGGGCCGUCUCACAGCAUAUCAGACCAACAUAGGUCGCCAUGUGUGCAUCGUCGAUGAAGCUAUGGACAGCUAUGGCAUGGGUCGCGCAUCCAUUUGCCUUUGCUUCGCUCGAGGAGCAGCUGCUGUUCCCCUCACAUGCGAGUGGACAAGCACUUUGCAGCAGAUAUUGGAAGGCUUCUAUCAGUACAGCGCCGCAGUGGUGGCCAGACAGGAUAUGCUUCAAAGAUCAGAUGGCCGCUGCAAGAUUUAUUUCUUUGAUUCCUACAAUACACCACUGGUGACCGUGACCUCAAACGCAGAGAUUGAGUCAAUGGUGGAAGAGCAGCUAUGUGUCAGCCGCCUGCAUGCGCUGGACAAAUUGAAGCAGCACCCAGCUUGGGCUCACAAGCCCAUCGAUCAUCGAGAGAGUGCCUUUGAACAAGGAGUGGAAGAAUGGUGGAAGGGGAUCAAGAAGGCCUCCGUAUUUUGGCAACAUAAGCCGCUGGACGUCCGCCGUCAACUGAUGCGCAUGGACCUGCAAUUGGUCAGAGACUUCCUGAGAGUUCUGGCAGACACGUAUUGCUCUGCUUAA